CCUAGCACGCUCAAGCUGCAAACACUCACAUCAUGGGGCUGGGGUGGCCCUUGUCUCUCUUGCUGCUCUUCACUAUCUAUGCUACAGAUCCAGCCAUUGGACAGAUAGAUCUUGAUGGGAUCCCAGGAACUGUGUGGCUGGAAGACAGUGUGCCUCCAGGAACAACGGUGGCGAACUUCACUGUCAAAUGUGAAAACUCUAGUCACACACCCAGUAUAAUUCAGAAGAACAUUAUCCCCACAACCUCUUUUUUCAAUCUGCCAAAUACCUUAUCCAUUGGCACCUACCAGGUGAGCCUUAGUUCAAGUGCUGCCCUGGAUGCCAGAGAGGUGAAUCAGUACAUCUUGACGUACAGCGUACAUUGUGCAGACAAAUCAAGGGAGGUUCAACUUUUCGUCAAGGUCACCGCAGCUGACAAGCUGGAGUGCAAUAGCAGGUCUGCUGACAUAGGAAGGAUGCCAAUACAAGUUCCAGAGGAUGCUACUCCUGGUUUGUACAUCUAUAAACCUGUCCUAAAGAGGGAGAGCACAGGCCCCUUAAAGUUCACCCUUGAGAAUGAUUCUGUGCCUUUCCAAAUGACUGAAAAUGGAAUAGUGCAGGUGCCUGCCAAAGGUUUCAGCCGUGAGCAAGCUGGCAAGAUAUUCUCAAUGGACAUUGUGGUAUCAGAUGGCAGUGGUGCGAGCUGCCGCAUGCCGAUCUCAGUUGAGAUUGUGUCUGUUUACCAUAACCAAGUCAAUUUCACGGAGACAUCAGUAGCAACAUCGGUGUUGGAAAACACAGGGCCCCUCCAGGAAAUCAUACAGAUCCAUGCAACUGGGGAAAAUGUGCGUUACCAGAUUGUCUCUCCAGACACAAGCUAUUUCACCAUUGUUCCAGAGACGGGCAUGAUCAAGAACACGUACAACCUUGAUCUGGAACGCAAUCCAGGCUUAGCUCAUACCCAGCUGUUAGUGAGAGCCUACAACAUGCAUCAUCCCUCUGACAGUGCUGACAUGACCGUCAACAUUACUGUAAAGCCUCAGAACUUGCUAGGCCCCCGGUGUUCUCCUGCUGUGUUUGUGACUGCUAUUCCUGAGACGACCCCCACUGGAGAAGUUCUGCUACCUCUGUCUUGUGUCAGUGCAGUGGGUGACAACAGUAGCCUUCACUACCAAAUAGAAGAUGGGCAGAGCCCUAUCUACAGCUUUAGGAUGGAUGGCCCAGUUCUGAAGGUGAACACCACUUUGGACACUGAAGUUAUGGGCAGCCUUUACUUCCAAUGCAAAGCUGCUAUUCUGGUGACUGACAGUGGAAGUCCUCCACGAACCACCAGGGUUCCUGUGCUGGUGACUGUAACCCCAGUGAAUGAGUACUUUCCGCAGUGCUUACAGAGGUCCUUUAGUGUACCAGAAAAUGCUGACUUCGGCGACCUCUUUGGCAAUGCCAGUGGUGUGGACCAAGACUAUCCUUUCAACAGCAUCGAGUACAACAUCCUGGAGACAGAAGCUGGACCACCUACUCUUUUCUACAUCGGCCGUCGCACAGGACUGCUGUAUGUAUUGGGGCCUCUGGACUAUGAACUGAAGAAGUCAUACCGUUUGACAAUCAGCUUAAAGGACCUGGAUAAUGACGCAAAUCCUGGAAAGCAGACCACAUGUAAUAUCACCAUUAAUGUGCAGGAUGUGAAUGACAACCCCCCUGUGUGCGAGCCACCAUUUGGGGACUUUUCCAUCCUUUCCAUACAGGCCAGGACUAUGAGCAUCACUCAGCUGCAUUGCACAGAUAAGGAUGAGCGAAGCGAAUUGAGCUACAGCAUUGUUCGUGGCAACACAAAUGGACGCUUUCGCAUGGAGGGUGACAGGCUUUUCCCAAACACCUUCUCCUAUAACCGGGAUGGUAUUUUUGACCCCCUCAUUUUUGAACUUCUUGUCCAAGUGACAGAUGGUCACUUCAGCACCACGGCCACCGUAAUUGUUUAUGUGACCCCCUGGACCACCACAGUGCCGACUACUGCCACCACUACUACGACUGUGCCCAAGGAACCCAUCGUUUUGCAUAGGACUGUGGAGUUUUGGGCACCAGAUCCUUGGUUUGUGGUGGUUCUUACACUUACUGGAAUUCUCCUCUUGACUGCCUUGGGUUUGUUGCUCUGGCGCCUCUGCUGGUGGAAGGCACAAGGAGAUAUGUCUCAGCCACUCCUGCAAGACCAGGAGAAAGGACUGGGGAAAAAUUACAUCAUGGCAGAAGAGCCAAGUAAGGAGAAAGAUAAAGGCUCCACCGAGAUGCUAAGUCUGCACCACCAGUUUGAUGGCCGGGCUCAAGACCCAGUCACAGGACAAGAUUACUUGUUUGACAGCAGCAGUGGAGCACGGCGCUGGGUGUGAGGAUGGGCCGUUCCAUCCUAAGGACCUCAGCAGAGAUGUUCACAAAUAGAAUGGCGACAGGAGAGAAAGAGCAGACGUUCUGCUUACCACCAAUAUAUAACUUUCAUAUAAUCAGUUCCUGCUGUUUCUCUUGAGAGUAACUACUCCAAACAGUUGCUCCUAAUUAUUUAUAUCUGUAUUUGUGUGUGUUCUCUGGGAAGCUCAGUUUGCAUUUCAGAGCAUAGGCCAGGAUGCUGAAUGAUAAAUUCCAGAAAACACCACCACCACCAGUUUGGUCAGUGUCCUGGGAGAUUCUGCUAACACAUUUUGCCAAUGCCAAUUUGAUAAAUUGCAAAGAAGUCAGUUUAUUGUCUUUCUUAUUUGCCAGUCUCUUUCCUUCAAGAGGUUAUUGCAGAAUUUUGCAAGUUAAGGGUUUGCCAGGUUGGCACUUCUUCCUUUCCUCAAUACACAGUGAAGCAGGCUGGCAUUUUGCUGCGUGGCAUUGUCUUAGCUUCUACAUAUAUGAGGGCUGGGUGAAAACAUUGGUUGUUUGAUUGUCAAACAGAGUAGCUGAAAGGUAGUUGGCACCACAUGGUGGUGUGUUAUUGUACACACUUCCCAGUCUGCCUUGAUCAUAUUCAACAACACUAUGGCUUAAUAUAAUGCAAAUUCAAUUGAUAGCCAUUACAGUGAGUGGUACCUCAGAAGAUGUGCUAAUGUGAGGUGAACAGCAUCCUGUUAUUGAAUUUUCAACCACAGGGGAGGAGUGAUCAUUCCUACUGAAAUAUAUUGAUUCGUAGAGGCCAUGUAUGGCAACAGAGCCCAGUUUCCUAGUGAACAGAGUGAAGAAACUGUUCUUACAUUGAGACAAGUGUAUUGCAAUAGGGAGAAUUAUAUUGAAAAAUAAGAUGCCACCUCAAAGAAGAAAUUUCUAAAGAUUUGUUCAUUUUCUAUUUUUAAAAAAUAUCUAAAUUUGUUAUUUAGUUAUGUGUCAACAGGCAAUACCUUUCAUCUGACCCUUGGCUGUAUGAGCCAAGUUUGCCAAAAAGUCUGCGCUAAAGGCUCUGCCUAUACAUUUAUUCAGUUAUAUGAUACGUUAAGUAAUGUCCAGCCUCUUUCAAUUAAAUAUUGCAUUUGCAUUUCUCCCUUUUAGUUUGUGAUGUUCAGAGAUGAUGGCAACUUUUGUACUAAAUUUUUGUUAUUGCUUUUAAAAUUCAUCUAGGUUUGUUGUGAGUUAACAUAGCAUCAACUAGUGCCUAAUUUACUUCUGAAUGUUUGCACACUUGAUCAGAUGUAUAAACUCUCAGAAGUAAAGUACUGACAUGGCAUGGUUGCGAUACUUGUUCUGUAGCAUUCAUGGCAUGUUCUGAAACAUAUGCAGUGCACAUUGUUUCUAAACCUGUUCCCAGUUACAGGAAAUGCAUAAUAAAGGAAGUGCCUUUGACUUUGUGCGCCAUGCUUUCCCCUCAACCAUAUAAAUUACACUUCUCCCUUCAACAACACUGAGAUUAGUGGUACU